AUGCGGCUGCGAACGCUGUGAUCGAGGGUCGAAACGUCAAGCUGUCACGUCAUAAUGUAAGGAUUAGCGGCAACGAGAUUUUGAAUAUCUGGAGUAAUUGGAGCUCACGCUUCGGUCCUGCGAUGAUAAUUGCCGAUUGUUCGUCAAGCAAGAGAAAGGGGUAAAUAAAUAUAUAAUCAUGUCAAACAAUAAUUUGCCGAGAGCUCCGAAGGAUCUGUGCUUUUCCGAGCUCGAUUUCAUACAGGAGAAUUUCGAUGUCGACACGUUUCUGCAAGAUCACAGGAAGAAUGGCAAGCUGGAGACGAUGCGAGACGAUCUUGGCAUGUAUCUGAAGUUACUGCGAUCGGCUAUGAUCGACCUGAUUAACAGGGAUUACACGGAUUUCGUCAAUCUGUCCAGUAAUUUGAUCGGAUUAGACAAGGCCAUCAAUGACUUACAGGUGCCCCUUGGACAGUUGAAGGAGGAAGUUAUGCAAGUGCGACAAGCUCUGGAUGACGAAAUUACAGCUAUUUCAGCUAAUCUGAAUGAUAAUCUGAAGAUAAAAGAACGCAAACAGAGUUUACACAGCCUGCAGCAUGUGUACAAGUCAUUGAGGAAACUCUCCUCCAUAUUAUGUAUGAAAACGUUUAUGGAAAAUCCUACGAAAAUCGACGUUCUUGAACAGGCUGCGAUUGAAUUGAAUCAAUUGAAGUUCCAUAUGUCCAGGUGUAAAUCGGAUAUCUCGGCUAAUCAAGAGAAAGAAACUACUGAAUUGGAAAACUUGUAUCUAACAUGUUUAAACGAGUUAUUCUUAGCGUGUAUACACGAGAAGAAUUCGAAUUUGGCGAUUCGCUGCCUUAGAAUUUAUCUCACACUCGACAAAAUAACUAACGCUGAAGAGUUGGUUAGACACGAGCUUGUAAGGCCGUUAAUUUACAAUAUCGUUAACGAGGAGAAUCUACAAACUGAUCCACUUGGCUUGCAAAGCAUUUAUCACAGAUUACUGAACACUUUAAAUGUAGAAUUGAAACAAUUGUUAGAUAUCACAUUACAUCCUGAGAGAAGAUCCAUAAAAGGAUUUAAUUUUCUGGUGAACAGUUUUUGGGUUGAAGUCGAGGAAAAGAUCGAGCAAUAUAUAAAAUCCAUUUUUGCUCCAGGAGAUCCGGUGUUAUUUCACAAAAGAUAUACAGCUACGUUGGAAUUUUUAACGAAAUUGGAGGCAGAGUGUGUUACGCCUGAUAUUCUGGCAGCACUGAAGAAUCAUCCACAGUACAAAAAUUUUCUCAAGAAAUGGAAUUUGCCAGUAUACUUUCAAAUUCGAUUUCAAGAGAUAGCCGGUAGUGUAGAGUCGGCAUUAGCUGAGCCAAUAUCGCCAGACUUGGUCAAAGGUAGUCUUAUGUCUCUGACACAAGAGGAUUUUUCCCUUUAUGCAACCGAUGUGGUUUGGAAUAAUCUGCUGAGGAUUUGGGCUGACGAUAUCUAUUUAUAUCAAUUGUUUCAUAGGUUUUGGAAACUCAGUCUUCAAAUAAGCUCGAGGUAUCAAACUUGGUGCCAAAGUGCAAUGAAACAAACAUGGCCAGUGAUAAAUGAAACUAAUAGUUCAAAUGACUCUGAACGUUCUACGAGAUUGAACUUUCUAGUGUAUUUGUAUAUUGACAUAGAAAAAUUGAUAAAUGCCUUACCAUCUUUCUUACAAAUGGUACAAUCUAAAAUUAAAGACGAGAAUGUCACAAUAUCGAAAUUAUUAGAAGAUUCUCUAGGUGAUACGUUGAAAAAUCUAGCCAAUCUAUUACCUUUAAUUACAAAAGAAAUUGUAAAUGAGCUUUUGGAACAGUGCGUAACGCAUUUGAGACAAGUUAGUGAUAUUCCGCGAUUAUUUAGAAGAACAAAACGAGACGUGCCAAAUAAACCUUGUCCAUAUGUAAGAAGCGCAAUAAUUCCUCUUAACAGUUUUUAUACGGAUUACAGCAAGAUUAUUCCUGAAAAUACUGUUCUUUGGUUGGAAUUAACUUUAUCUUCAUUAACAGAAAGCUAUUUGUUAUUCGUUACUGAUGUGUUAACAUCUGUACAAAAAACGGAGGAGAGUUUAAGGAGAUUAAAAAAAAUUCGUGAUAAAUCUACUGGAGUUCUUCCGUCCGAACCACAGGGAACUAGCGAUGACGAAAAGAUUCGUAUUCAACUUAAAGUAGAUGUGGAUGGUUAUGCAAAUAUGAUCAAAGAUCUUAAUAUCCCGACUGUCAACAUACACCAUCUGCAGGAAUUGGUAGAUGCUGUCGAAGCAGCCGUUAAGAAGUGAAAUUCUACCAGCAAUAGUUGUUAAUUGUAUAAAACAACUCCAAUUCAGGAACAACUUAAAAAAACAGUUACUCACAGUAAUAUAGUUAAAAACUUUCAAAAUAAAAUAAGAUUUCUUCGAAUUCGAGAUAACUGUUGUAAUCAAAUUGGUACAUCAAGCAAUAUUUUGAUUGAAUAUUUAUAAUCAUAUGUAAGAAUUUUAUUUUGUUGUAUAUAUUCUUCCUAUGCAAUAAUGUACAUAAAGCAUCUUUGCACAAAAUUUA